AUGGCCGUUAUUGAACUGAUCUUCCCCAAAUUUAAGCCAGAUCAGGCUUCAAUCGACGAGCUCGAGCGAGAGUGGCCUAUUAUCAGCCCAAAAUUGACCAACCCAAAUCCGGGACUGCUGAGUGCUUUUCGAGGAUGGAUUCUCACCGAGAACGGGCGCAAUGUGAGAGAGGAGAAUAGGGCAUUUCUGCUCUUUGAAUGGAACACAGUGGAAUCUUUCCACGCCUUCUUUGCCUCGGAGCAAUUUGCGGGUUUCGUUGUCGCCAUAAAGCAUCUAGUAACUGAACCAUCAAAGUUGCAACUUUGUGAAGUCAGCCUCAGCCCAAAGAAUGCGGCAUCUGCAUCGAGCAUUGAGAUCCUCCGAGUCACCGUUCCAAGUGCUGAGAACGCGGAUGGAGCUCUGAAAACAUGGGAGGAAAUCUCUCAGAAAGCCAAAGAGAAAUACGGAAACAAAGUUGCCAUCACUUACGGCAGAAGCCAGAAUCUUGAGGAAGUAGUCGUUGCAGGCAUCAUUGGAUGGUCGGGAUCGGAGGAUUGUAUUCUUGCUACUGGAGGCGGUGUCCUAGGAGAUUCUUUUGAGUCACUGAAGACCUUCGGAGAGCUAUCACAUAUCACUGUCGGGAUUGGAGCUAUGGAGCUUCCACCGUUGUAG